AUGGUUGUUUUUGUCUCUUUAUCUUCUCUCAAAUACUUGCUUCUUAUCAUAAUUAUCCCUUUAGUCACUUCACUCUCCUUCAAUUUUGAUACUUUUACACCCAAUGAUCACAAUGUAACCUAUGAGAGAGAUGCUUCUCCAGAAAAUGGUGCAAUUCUACUCACCAAAAACCUCCUCAAUCGCGAUAUUAAUGCUAGUAUAGGUCGAGCUAUCUAUUCAAAACCACUGCAUCUAUGGGACAAGGCCUCUCGAAAUCUCACUGAUUUCACUACACAUUUCUCCUUUAGCAUUAAUUCACAGGGAAUAACUAAAUAUGGUGAUGGUUUUGCCUUCUUCCUUGCCCCUGCAGGUUCAACAAUUCCUUAUAAUACAACAAGAGGUGGAAGUCUUGGCCUUACAAGUAAUAAUGAGCGACUAAAUUCAUCGAGCAAUCAUUUUGUUGCUGUGGAGUUUGACACCUAUCAGAACCCCUAUGACCCAAAGGGUGAUCAUGUAGGUGUCGAUAUCAACUCUAUGCAAUCUCUUGUUAAUGUGACUUGGUUUAGUAGCAUUCCAAAUGGUACGAAAACUGAUGCCUGGAUUAGUUAUAAUUCUAACUCAAAAAAUCUUACUGUUGUCUUCACUGGUUUUCAACUCCAAGGGAAUAAUAUCACAGUCACUGUCCUGCAGAACCUAUCUUACAAUCUUGAUCUGAGGGAAUAUUUGCCAGAAUGGGUCACUUUUGGCUUCACUGGUGGAGCGGGAAGGAGAUUUGCAUUUCAAAGAAUCUAUUCUUGGAAUUUUACUUCUUCUUUAGAUAAUAUGACAGAUACAGGGGUAACCUUAUCAAACACCAUGCCAAAGGAUGCACCAACAAAAACUAAGUUAGGACUUGUGGUUGGAUUGAUUUCUGGUGGUUGUGUUUUGGUUGCAGUAUGUGCUUUGGUGUUAUUUGCAUUUUGGAGAAAGAGUAAGGUGAGAGAAGAUGAUUAUGUCUUUGAUGGUUCCAUGACUAAUGAAUUUCAAAAAAGUGCAGGACCAAAGAAGUUCUUGUACAGUGAAUUGGCUAGAUGUACAAAUAACUUUUCACAGGAAGAGAUGCUUGGGCGGGGUGGAUUCGGAGGUGUUUAUAAAGGAUAUCUCAGUGAAUCCAACUCUUAUAUUGCUGUUAAGAGAGUUUCAAGGGAAUCACAGCAAGGAAUAAAAGAGUAUGUAUCAGAAGUCAGGAUCGUCAGCCGGUUAAGACAUAAACAUUUGGUGCAACUCAUUGGUUGGUGCCAUCAAAAAAGAGAACUUCUACUUGUCUAUGAGUUUAUGCCUAAUGGAAGCUUAGAUCACCAUAUUUUUAGUGGAAAAAGCCAUUUGGCAUGGCCACUAAGAUUCAAGAUUGCUCAAGGCUUGGCCUCGGCGUUGCUAUAUCUACACGAAGAAUGGGAACAAUGUGUGGUGCAUAGGGAUAUAAAGUCUAGCAAUAUUAUGUUGGAUUCUAAUUUCAAUGCCAAGCUUGGGGAUUUUGGGUUGGCUAGGCUAGUUGACCAUGAUAAGGGAUCCCAAACAACAGUUUUGGCAGGCACAAUGGGUUACAUGGCUCCGGAAUGUGUCACCACUGGCAAAGCUAACAAGGAAACAGACGUCUAUAGCUUUGGUAUUGUCGUGUUAGAAAUAGGUUGUGGAAGGAAACCUAUUGAUCCUAAAGCAGAGGAGCAUCGAGUAAACAUUGUCGAUUGGGUUUGGAGACUUUAUGGGAAGAGAAGUAUUCUUGAAGCAGCUGAUCCGAAACUAUCAUCAGAGUUCAAUGAAGUGGAGAUGGAGCAUUUGCUAGUUGUUGGCUUAUGGUGUGCUCAUCCAGAUAAUAAUUGCAGGCCUUCUAUUAGGCAAGCAGUUCAGGUGCUUAAUUUUGAAGCUCCAUUACCCACGCUCCCUCGGAACAUGCCUGUGCCCACAUAUUGCAGCUUCUCACGCUAUUUACCAACUAUUUUAGUUUCAUCAACACAUGAAACCAGCGGUACAGAGAUCGCCCUUGCCCAAAUCCAGCAUUCAGUAAACGGAAACACCACUGAUGCUUCAAUAAAAAGAACAUCUUCUUCAGCAUUUUCAUCUUCAUCUUCAACAUCAGUUUUGUAUCCAAGUUAAUAUUGCCCUGUUAUAACCCUGCAUUUUGUCUUCCAUUAGCAGUGUCCAUCUUUUCCUUUCUUACUUUUUGUUGUUUCUCUUCUAAUGAAGAGGAUUCUUUGGAUUA